AUGAUUUGCAAGUAUGGAGAGCGCAAAAAGGCGCAAGACAAGGUCUAUCCUAAAGGGUACGUCGAGAUGCUGGAAGAGCAGCAGUCACAGCUGGUCUCUGGUCUACAAGAAUUAUAUAAAUUAACUAUUGACGGGAAAAGCUGGCCGGGGAGCCCACUGAGAGAGACCCAUAACGGAUAUCCGCUCACGCACGACAUACUAGACCGACUGGGAGCAUUGAGACCAGAGGGCCCGACCAACACCUUUGGACAAUUUGAAGAAAAUCUUGUGUUAGCACAGCAGAGAUUGAUGGGUAAAGGUGCCGAAAUGCAGCGUAAAGACUCCUCUGACGGCACUUCUACCGGAGCCAGUUCUCCCUCCUCGUCGAACCGCCUGAGCACCGGGAGCCUAUUCUCGAACGAGCCUUUCCCACCGAGACUUCGAAAGCCUCAGAGCCACCAGGUGCAAAUCAAACAGGAGCAGGCCAGACAGGCAUAUGCCAACCAGGCGGACGAAUACACUCCCCAAUUGAAUAUUGCUCGGAUACAACAAGGAUAUGCACAGCAGCAAAAGGAGCGCAAACGUCAGAGACAGCCUUCGGUAAACCAGCCCUCGGCAAACCAGCACUCGGCUUCGCCAAAUCAGCAUUCGCCAAACCGGCCGUCACUAAGCCAGCCGCCAAACCAGCCUGUCUAUUUCGCUCCCAUGCCCAGCACCCGAAAUGGAACGAGUAUCAGUCAAGAUUACCCAUGGGGAUUAGAUAGCUCGCCCGAGAGCAUGCUGUCCUUUGAACCUCAGCUACAUGUAGAGCCUCUUGACCAGCAAAUAGGGCAAUUCGCCGCUCGCCACGCUGCCAUUGCUGCUGGGUUAAACAGCUGUUUACCCACCGAUGAAUUCAAUGAGGAUGAAUUCAAUCUAUACUUCGAUACAAACCCGAAUGGCCUGGCACGGAUUUAG